AUGUCGAAAACUUCAAAAGGGGGAAUCCCGAUACAACCAAUUUAUUCAGUACCUACUAAAGUCCUUCAUAAAUUCCAAAGCACUUCAAAUGCCCGGUCUUAUUUUCCUGCGAAUCUAAAUGAUGGUUUAACACAGUUGCCUUCGUCUUCUCAAAUUUCGUCUGUUGAAAAUACUGUUUUGAUUGGAAAACCAUUUGGAACUGCUGGGCACUCAAAAGAAGCCAAGUUAACCAACCCUGGAAAAUUUGUUAGUGAGACAUCUAAGCAAUACAAGUCCUCACAAAACUAUUCAAGAAACCCAGCAAACACUCAGUCUAAAAGAGUUUCAUAUGUUAACGAUACAAGUAACCGCAACAAUCCUCAAGGUUUUAGUAAAAAGGCAAAGAAAAUUUCAAACAAAAAUUUAGCAUCUUCGGAAUCCAAUGUAACAAAAUUUGAUUCCCCGUUUGUAAGAGGUUUGGAAGACUUCAUAACUACUGAUAAUCGUGAUUCUAAAGAUUCAACUCAUUUAAGAUGUUCGAAGGCACUUUCUACAGAAAAUAUUACGAAGUUUGGUAAACAGCGUACGGUGCCUAAAACUAAGCGUCCUUCUCGUCUAAAACGAUGUAUUUUAAGUGAACGUGCUGUUCGCAGUGAACUACGAAGUCAAUCACUUCCAGCUACAAAAAUUACUUUGGAUCAUCUGGAAACCGUUGUAUCUACCAGUGAACUGGGUCAAGCAAAGCUCAAUACUUUGGAUGUACGUAAAACUGUCGCAAAUUGUUCCAAACCCCCGUCGACGAUGCAGAAAGAUCUCAUAACGGAAUUGAUUACUCAACUGGCCAUAUUUCAAGACAGAGCUUAUGUAAUAUACGCUAAUAAUCCUUUUUAUCGUAAACGUGCGAAACGUUUUGUGUGCGGUUUUCAUGAAGUUGUCAAGCACCUUAAAUUGAAGCACAUGCGAAUUAUUAUCGUAGCUCGUGAUCUGGAAGGAAAUGCAACUGACUGCAUUCGGCAAAAUAAAAUUGGUGUUAAGGGACAAGACAAUGAAGUGAAAGUAGUUUUGACUGCACUGGAAGAAAAACUUUGUCAAAUCUGGAGACUAGCAGAUGAAUAUGAGCCACCGGUACCGAUAAUGGUCUCUCACACCAGGCGAAAACUUGCACGUUUAUGUCAUAAACCAAGUUUUGUGUCUAUCGUAGGAAUUAUAAACGCUGAUGGAGCAUACGAAGUCGAAAGAAAGCUACUAGACAUGAAAGCUGGAGUAAACUUAGGGAUUUCAGAAAAUCUGGAAAUUGUACAGACCGGAGAUAAAUAUAAAUAUUGCACAAGUGACUCAAUCACUGCUAUCGUUGACAGUCUAUUGUUUUCUGUGAAGGCGUUGAGAAUCGAAGAAUAG